GCAUCUUCGGUCGAGGCUCGGCACUGCUCCACUUCCAGCCGGGGGCUUCGGGCCCGGGGCCGAUCCGGAAACAGCCGAGCGGAUCCGGAAACAGCCGAGAGGACCCGGAAGCGGUGAGCGCCGUCUCCAGGGAGUGCGGGACCGCCGUUUGCGCUGAAGCUAUGGCGGCAGCUGCGCCGGCUGCUGCGGGCGAGGACAGACGGAGGCAGCAGCCGGGGGCCGCGCUGGACCCCCAGCCCCAGGAAGGGGCAAAGGCUGAGGCCGAGUCAGGCGAGCUGGGCCGACUUCGGGCUGAGCUAGCAGGUGCCCUCGCAGAAAUGGAGACCAUGAAGGCUGUGGCGGAGGUGAGCGAGAGCACGAAGGCCGAGGCUGUGGCUGCAGUUCAGCGGCAGUGCCAAGAGGAGGUGGCUUCGCUGCAGGCUAUCUUGAAAGACUCCAUCAGCAGCUAUGAAGCCCAGAUUGCUUCCCUGAAGCAGGAGCGGCAGCAGCAGCAGCAGGACUGUGAGGAGAAGGACCGGGAGCUGGUCCGCCUGAAGCAGCUGCUGUCCCGUGCUCAUCCUCUGGACUCCUUGGAGAAGCAGAUGGAAAAGGCCCAUGAGGACUCAGAGAAACUACGGGAGAUUGUGCUGCCCAUGGAACAGGAGAUUGAGGAGCUGAAGGUGAAGCUGCUGAGGGCAGAGGAGCUGAUUCAAGAGAUGCAGAGACGGCCCCAGCAGCCCCCAUCCCUGCACGGCUCUACGGAGUUGCUGCCUCUGUCCCGAGACCCAUCACCUCCGCUGGAACCUCUGGAGGAGCUGAGUGGAGAUGGGGGUGCGGCGGCUGAGGCCUUUGCCCACAACUGUGAUGACAGUGCCUCCAUCUCCUCCUUCUCCCUGGGUGGCGGGGCCAGCAGCACCUCCCUGCCCCGCAGCCGCCAGGGUCUGAGCCCUGAGCAGGAAGAGACAGCCUCUCUGGUGUCCACGGGUACCCUGGUCCCUGAAGGCAUCUAUCUGCCCCCUCCUGGUUACCAGCUUGUCCCAGACACCCAGUGGGAGCAGCUGCAGGUAGAGGCAGAGCUGGUCACCUCCCACAAGUGCCUGCGCCAUGAGGUAAAGCGGCUGAAUGAGGAAAACCAAGGGCUCCGGGCAGAGCAGCCACCAUCCUCAGCUCCACAGGGCCUGGAGCAGGACGAGGGUGAGGAGGAGUCAUUGCCCACUGUGGUGCCGGAGCUACAGCAGCUGGUGCGCCGAACUCGGCAGGAGGCGCGAGCCCGGCAACAGGCCCAGGAGCACGCGGCUGAGCGUCUGCGGAUUGAGAUUGUGACACUGCGGGAGGUGCUAGAGGAGGAGAAGGCAGCCAGGGCCAGCCUGGAUGGGCAGCUGAGGGUGCAGCGUGAGGAGACAGAGGUGCUGGAGGCCUCCUUGUGCAGCCUGAGGACAGAGAUGGAGCGGAUGCAGCAGGAACAGAGCAAGGCCCAGCUCCCAGACCUCCUUUCAGAGCAGAGGGCCAAGGUGCUGCGGCUACAAGCUGAGUUGGAGACCAGUGAACAGGUGCAGAGGGAUUUCGUACGACUGUCCCAGGCCCUGCAGGUGCGCCUAGAACGGAUCCGCCAGGCAGAGACUCUGGAGCAGGUGCGCAGCAUUCUGGAUGAGGCACCCCCAAGGGAUGUCAGGGACAUCAGGGACACCUGAGAGUCCAGGGCAAAGACCCCCUCAUCCUGGGGAAGACACCUUUCUCUACUCUUGCACCAUGAGGUCUGGGAUUUGGGAGUCUUGGAUGGAGUCUUCACCCUCUCCUAGCCAGGGGUUGAGGUGACAGGGCUGCCACUGCCCUGCCUCUCUGGAGCCUCUUCUCAAGUGGUGGCUGGGCUUUUUGCUCUCAGGGAUGACAUCUGGAUGAGGGUCCUAAACCCCUCCCAGAAGCAAAGGGUCAGGCCCACCCCUGUGGCUUUCUGGCUGAUAUGUGGCCAUCCCAGCCAGUUCAUAAUGUCCCUUACCCCAGCACAGUAGGGCUUGUGAAGGCUGGGAGUUCCUGUCCCAUCUGUGAAGUGCCCCUACCCCCAGGCCCUGGGAUAGGUAGCUGCUCUCUAGUCUGCAUGACACUAAGACGCUUGUCCACAGGGGCUCAAACCAGGCCUCAAGACAAGCACAGAGGCAAAGCCAGACUUUUCUGUCAUUUAUUUUCAAUAAAUAAGCAGCUCAGCUCA